UUUACUUUUUACCUUUAUUAUAUCAUUUAAAAACAUUAAUUUAUUUCAAAUAAAAUCGAACAUGAUGGUUGAAGUUAAUGAACAGACCCUUUUUAUAGUGGAUGAAGUGAGUGAUAUUGUAAAGGACUCAAUUGAACAUUUAAUUGGAAGUGAAUUAUACCAACAAAAUAUGGUAAAUAAAUGGACAGAUUCUGUAGUUGAAAACUGCUUAACAAGAUUUUGUAAACUGGCCAAACCUUUUAAAUAUAUUAUUACAUGUGAUAUCAUGCAAAAAAACGGUGCUGGUUUUCAUGCAGCAAGUUCGUGUUAUUGGGAUAACUUGACAGAUAGUAGUUGUACUGUUAGAUGGGAAAACAAAACUAUGUAUGUUAUUGUAUCAGUUUUUGGUCUAGCUAUAUGAGUAAUCAAAUUAAAUUUCUGUACAAAA